GAUGCCAUUUAUGAAUCAAGUGUUAUUCACCGAGUCAGUUUUUGCGCUGUGAAUAGUUUUCGUAAAACUAUUCAUCAUGUCGCACAGCUUAUCAACAAUAUUCAUUUUAAUGACUAUAUUCAACUGUAUAAUUUUAAACAAACAAUUAGUCGAAAGUCAAGAAACUGCUAUAAUAGAAGCUUUAUCUGCAGAAAAAAAAGAAAGUAAAAGGUAUAAAAAUGUGGAUUUGAAUUCAUGGGAAAUAUGUCUUGAAGAUGAAAAUUUCGACCAAUCGAAGACAGAUGACCAAACUGAAAUGCUUCCAUCAAGUUUGUCAACAACAAAUGAUUUUAAUCCUCAAUCGAAUUUUCAACGAGAUUACAAAUCUAUAAGCUCUCGUACAUAUCAAGUGGAUGCGUUAAACAAUUUAGAAAUACCUGGAAUCAGUCUAAGAAAAUAUGAUGGAGUUUUAUAUCCUUACAUUAAUUCCGAAAUGCCUUCUUCGUUUAAUCCUAUACCGCCAGUGCGAUAUCUACCCCCAGUUUAUUUACCACUUCAUGAUACAUUUUUAACUGAAAAAAGGGAAUCUGAUCAAGAUGUCAUCGAGAAUAUUCGACCGCCGAGAGUGCUUCGGUCGGAAAACGAUUUCUGGGACCAACUACAGCACGAUACAAUUAUGAAGAAUAUUUUGCCGACUAUGCCUACGUUUCUUCGGAAUACUGAAGACACUCGCGCAAUAAGAACAAGUGAUCCGUACUAUGUAUCAAUUCUAUUUUUGUACUCGCCUAAAAUUAUUUAUAGCCGACGAGUUUCAGAUGAUGAGAUAGAACUUCCAAUACCAUACGCCUAUGCAUUUAGUUUCAUGGGAAAUAGAAAUUUUCCCGAACCAGAUGAUUCCAACAGGAGUGUAAAUAAUAUUAAAACAUUACGAAGACACAUGUCCAGUGGGGGAAAUCAUGGGCACGAAUCUACAAUGCAUUAUGCGACGCCACACUACCGUCACUAAUGAUGAUCAUUGGCAGUACUAUGGAGAAUAGAACUUUUUUAUAAUCAUAUUUUUUUUGUCAACGUAAAGUUAAGAUUAAACUUUAGGCAAUA